GUUAAUGGCGGGUCACGAGUGGGGUCAAUAUAAGCCUUGCAAAUAGGCGGAAAAAUCUUUCCACUCCAACCGCGUCACGCUCUGCGGAUGCGAAUUAUACAUCCGCGUUUGAUCGUUCGUUCGUUUUAACGGUAAAACUCAGGUACACCUAUUGCAAUUCAUCCUCGUUGUAUAUACACGCGCGCUGAUCGGUUGCAGCGAGGUAAAUGAUAGAGAAUGCACGACCUCGGGUGAGAUAAAUUUUAUGUCAACGAAUGGUGAUAAUGCGGGCGAUAUCGAGGGAGUAGGAAAUUAUUUCACUGCUCCGCCGAAAAUUAAUACAUGUUCGCUGGGUGAUGCACGAUAUUCAACAUGUGUGUCGCUUUUAUGGAUAUAAUCUCGUUGUUGACGGUGACUGGAUUAACCUGACGGAUGAUGGUGGGAUAGAUGUGUUGGAUCUCGAGCAUUACCUGCAAUUGACAACGUGACAAGCACCGUGUUGCAAGCUGCGUGAUGGCAUGUUCGCAUCGGAUCACUUAUGAACAAAGCAUGAUUAUAAUUCAUCAUGGAAAUACGAUACACUUACCACCUAUUCGUUAUAAUAUAACGGUAUAAUGUUAGGCGUAACAAAGAAAAAAGUAAUAAAAACAGCGGUAAAAAUAACGAGGAAAUCGAUUGCAACGAGUAUGAGAAAUUUUCUUGUUUCCGUUUUCACGCUAACGGACGUAUAUCAAUCGGUCAAUACUUUGGGAGGACGUUGAUUAACUUAAUGAUGCUGUUGGACACGAGAUGUUCACGAAGCAUCACGCUCUUCUAAUAUUUCUUCUUCUGUAUUUGGAACAUCGCAGAGUUUGGAGCACUGGGGAGAGCAGUGAAACCACCACCGACACUAGGAUAUCGGAUAGAUUGGAAAAUGUAACCCAAACAAUUUCUAGGAUUCUUGAGGGAUAUGACAUUCGGCUGAGACCAAACUUUGGUGGUGAACCACUCUUGGUCGGUAUGGAUUUGACAAUCGCCAGUUUUGACGCCAUAUCAGAGGUCAACAUGGUAAGUCUUGGGAAUACUUAUGCCAAAACACUGCAUCAUGAUUCGGAGACGAAUGAUAUGGACUAUACCAUAACCAUGUAUCUGAAUCAGUACUGGAAAGAUGAGAGGUUGGCGUUUUCGCACGAAGAAGAAAUUCUGACGCUUAGUGGGGAUUUUGCCGAAAAGAUUUGGGUGCCUGAUACCUUUUUUGCUAACGAUAAGAACAGCUUUCUACAUGACGUGACGGAGCGAAACAAGUUGGUGCGUCUGUCAGGGGAUGGAUCUGUCACUUACGGGAUGAGGUUUACAACAACCUUGGCCUGCAUGAUGGAUCUUCACUAUUAUCCACUGGACUCUCAAAAUUGCACUGUCGAAAUUGAAAGCUAUGGGUACACGGUUCUGGACGUCGUCAUGUACUGGAAGGAGACGCCGGUCCGUGGUGUUGAAGAAGCCGAGUUGCCACAAUUUACGAUUAUCGGCUACGAGACAAAUGAUCGUAAGGAAAGAUUGGCGACUGGCAUCUAUCAGCGACUUUCUCUCAGCUUCAAGCUGCAGAGAAAUAUCGGCUACUUUGUCUUUCAAACCUACCUACCCAGCAUUCUGAUCGUGAUGCUUAGCUGGGUCAGCUUCUGGAUAAACCACGAGGCAACCAGCGCGAGAGUCGCACUGGGUAUUACCACUGUGCUGACGAUGACUACGAUAUCAACGGGUGUCAGGAGUUCCUUGCCAAGAAUAAGCUACGUGAAGGCGAUUGACAUAUAUCUCGUAAUGUGUUUCGUGUUUGUAUUCGCCGCCCUCCUAGAGUAUGCGGCUGUAAACUAUACGUACUGGGGUGCCAGGGCUAAAAAGAAGACUAAGAAGAAGGAAGGAACGGAGAAAAAAUCAGUUACCACGGCAAAAACUGGUGGCGAAGCGAGCUCGCCAUUUGCCGAAUCGACAGAUGCAGAUAUCAUAGAGCUCCAAGAUCUGAGAAUGUCACCAUUGCCCAGCAUAAGAAGCAGGUCAGGAAUCAUAGCUGCUCCGGAUGGUGCAGGAGUACCGGUUCGGGAUCACGACCCGGCCAAAUUUCCCCCAAGCUUCCGAAUUUCUCGACCUCCGGGAUACAACACUCACUGUAGAACGAGCGGUUUGCGGUACAGGGGCGCCAGGCAGCACAAACCCAAAGUAUUACAUGCAUUACGAAGAGGUGCCUCGGUAUUGCGAGCUUCGAUGCCGAAGAUCAAAGACGUUAACAUCAUCGACAAGUAUUCAAGAAUUGUUUUUCCCGUCAGUUUCCUUCUGUUCAACGCUGUGUACUGGAUUUUCUACAUCCUCUAAAGGUCUGAACGCUUCGGACGGACCUUGCGUGAAUUUUGCCGGUUUAAAAGCAUGAAGAUAUAUGAAAAGAAUUACUCUCAAUGAUUGUUCCACGCUGUGCUGGGAUAGACGUAGGCAAUUAUGUAAAAACUCACGCAUGAAUUUACACGAGUGUCAUUGCUGUAUGCGAGUACUAGUGCAUACCGAUGAUGGAUGCUUAGCUCGGCUUCGAAAUACCGACAUUCGCUAUACUUUGUACGUGAAUUUCCAUGUAUUUAUUUGUACAGUAAUUAGGGAAGGCCUUGUACCUGCACGAAAGAUACCCGAAAGGCCGAAGCUGAGCUCAACACGCGGUAGGUCUGAACAUCGGAUCCGACCCUACAAGAACCAUUUCUGGUCACCGUACAACGUCCAUACGUAUAUCCCCUCGACGCGUUACAUUUUAGAAGAAAUUUUAUUGUAAACUCUAAUGAAUGUCAAACUAGCGCUUCGGUGAAAUACUUAUAAAUUAUAACAAUUACAAUGUAUUUCAAGAUAUCGACGACGGUGAAAGUUACAGAAAAAAAAAUUCCGAACUUAAUAUAUACAUAAUACUAGUGACGCACGCUGUUAUUUCACUGAGCUGUAGAAGGGAUCCUGGGGUGUCGAUUAGGUAGGUAUAGUUAUACGUAUACGUAAACGAAUAUAUACUAUAUUAUAUGCAUAUAUAUGUUACGUGCGAAGAGCGUACAGAUCGCGGUUUGUUUAAAAAUUUUUGGUUAAAAGUGGCUUCGCACGUAACAAAUGUAUAUAUACAAAUAUGUAUAUUUAUUACAGUCUCUCAAUCAGCGCGGAACCCGUUGACCGCAGACCACAAGACUUGUAAAACGAUACAUAAUUAGUGAUAAAGAGUAAUUACUAAUUAUACUCUUAAAUGCAUACGAUGCAAAUUUGUCAAGAUUAUCCGUCUAAGAAGAAAGUUGAUGUUUUUUAUUUUGUUUGUUUCUGAAUUUAUUUACAAUGUAUAAUAAGCUGUGAGUAUUAUGUUUUAUAGAAAAAAGUGCGUCUACUGAUAUUUAUCAGUAUAAUAUGUAUGUAUAUAAAUGUAUAUGUAUACAGUAGAACCUCGAUUAUCCGAGCUAUUGAGGAUCGGUCCUAUAGCUCGAAUGAUAUAAAAUAAAGGGACAAGCGCACAUUCUCGAGUCAAUGAUUAUUACAAAGAAA